GAUGACUGGAGACUGGGAGUUUGACAAGCUUGUUAAUUCCGCCCAUCAACACGACACGCCUCCUCUGCCUCACGAGCGUGUCUGAAAACUACAAAUGGGGAUGCGGAGUGAGGAGUUUGAAAAGUUUUUUCUAAGAGCUGUUUCUUAUCUCAAACGAGCAGAGCACACACGGGAAGUAAUUAUUCAUAACUUAAAUGGCGGAUGAACUGUUACUGGGAAACGAUGCAAAGAUCAAAACGCAUCUUACUAAGUCUCUGCUGGCGGUGGCUUUUCUGACCUCGUUCGGCAGCUCCAUGCUCUAUGGCUACAAUUUGGCAGUCGUCAACUCUCCUGCACAGUACAUCAAAGACUUUUACAAUGAGACGAUGAUAGAAAGUUACGACUUGACUCCGGAUGAGGCGCUCCUCACCAUCUUGUACUCCCUCACCGUGUCGAUCUUUGCUAUUGGUGGGAUGACCGGGGCCCUGCUGGUGGGCAGACUCGUUACCAAAUAUGGAAGGAAAGGGACGCUGGUGAGAGCCACUCUGCUGGUGUUUAUAGGAGGAGCUCUUAUGGGCUUCAGCCGAGGGUGCAGGAUGCCUGCAAUGGUCAUUACUGGACGCUUCAUCACAGGAAUACACUCAGGUAUCUCUCUCAGUGUGGUGCCGAUGUACCUCGGUGAGAUCGCCCCCAAGAACCUGCGAGGCUUCCUGGGCCUCGUUCCCAGCAUUCACAUUUGUCUUGGAGUCUUCCUCGCUCAGGUCCUUGGACUCCAUGAACUGCUGGGAAAGGAAGAGCACUGGCCUCUGCUCCUGUCCAUGGUGGUGUUUCCUACCAUGGUCCAGCUGAUGCUGUUGCCAUGGUUUCCAGAGAGUCCACGGUACCUGUUGAUAGAGAAGGGAAAUGUUCACGCCACCAUCACAGCCCUGCAUUGGUACCGUACUAAAGGAAACAUCCAGGCGGAAGUUGAGGAGAUGCAGGAGGAACAACGCUCUCUGUCCUCCAUCCAGACCAUCUCUGUUCGCGGCCUGCUCAUGGACCGCUGUGUUCGCUGUCAGGUCAUCACAAUUGCAGUUGUCAACAUUGGCAUGCAGCUGUCUGGCAUUGAUGCGAUCUGGUUUUACACAAAUGACAUAUUUAAGAACGCAGGAAUCCCAGAACCUCAAAUUCAGUACACAACAGUGGGAACUGGUGCCAUUGAGGUCCUCUCUGGGCUACUGGGGUGUUUUACUAUCGAGCGUCUGGGCAGAAGACCUCUGAUGAUUGGCGGCUUCCUCUUCAUGGGACUCUGCUGUGCUGGGAUCACAGUGUCUGUCCUCCUCCAGGCGCAGCUGUCCUUCAUGCGCUACAUCAGUGUGGGCUGCGUUGUUGGGAUCAUUGCUGGCUUCUGCAUAGGUCCAGCUGGUGUGCCUUUCCUGAUCACUGCAGAGCUGUUUAAGCAGUCACACCGACCAGCUGCCUACACUGUGGCUGGCUGCCUCAACUGGUUGUCCAACUUCACCAUCGGCUUCGUCUUUCCCUUCCUAGAGAUAGCUACAGGCCCGUACUGUUACCUGAUCUUCUGUGUGAUCUGCUUGGGAGUGGCCAUCUACACCAUCUUCAUUAUUCCUGAGACCAAGAGCAAAACCUUUAUGGAGAUCAGCCACAUGUUCUCUGCCAAGAACAACAACCUCAAAAUGGAUAUGAUGAACGGCUAUGGAGCCCUUGACCAAUACGACGAAAAAUAAGAAGGAUUGAGGAGGUGGACCUACAUGUAAAUGAUGGUUUUCUUCUCUCAGUGUGCCUUCUUGGUUUGUAAGGACUGAAGUAACUGUAGCAGAGAAUAAAACCACGAGGAGAUCUGCUGCUUCAUGUGAACACAUAAAAUUAAAAUAGGCUUGCCUGGUUCGACAGUAGUCACUUUUUACACACACACAAUAAUCCCUGUUUUAACAGUUAAUCCCCAGUUAAAGUGUAGCUCCUGUACAUUAUGUGAGACAGAAGUCACAUGGUCAUGCGUUUCAAAUCUACUAUCAGUGACAUUUUAAUCAGUUUCUCGGCAUCUUAAAGCAUUUCUACGGGAGCUGAGUUGGUUUCUCACAGUGCUCUCAGAAGUUUUAAUCUCUGCAUUAGCUUCACUUGUUUUGAACACAUCCCAUGAUCACUUUAUUUUUUUACAGUCUGUGUUUAAUGCUGUCCCUGUGUUGCUCAAUACAGAGUGAAGAUGUUAUUUAUUGAUAUUUAGUGACACAGCAACACCUGAGGCAGUGCUUCCAUCAGUUUACUGAAGGAAGGUAUGAAAGCCACUUCUCUGAUCUUUCACUCGUAAUAAUACAAUAUUUACUGUCACCAUAUUUACUGUCACCAUAUGUUUACAGUGUUCAGCUCAAGGUGAAUACCAAGAACUUGAGCUUGUGUGUUUCGUCUUUCUUUUUGUCUUUCAUCCAGUUUGUGAUUUUGUGUCUCUUUUUACGUAAGAGAGCUGGAUACUGUGGCUACUGUAGUAGUCAUUUCAUACAUGUUAUCCAAAUAUAUGCACAUGUAUGUAAAGCUUGUUAAAGAGUUAUUAUUUAUCAAUGUAUCACAUCAAAGUAGCUGUACAAGUUUGUUCAUUCGUUGUUAUUAACUGCUGUGUCUUUGUACAAUGUGUGGUGGAGUCAGUGACAAUAAGAGAUUUAAAAUAAAAUGAAGACUGUUCAUGUUUGAACAUGAAAA